AAAAUAAUAUAUAAUAAAAUAUGUAAUUGGAAAAACUUCAACCUUGCUUCUCUUCAGUCAUUAAAAUAUUCUAUUCGAUUACCUGUUGACAUUUUAUUGGCAUUCUUAAAGUCUCUAUUAAAGUUUUGAGCGGAAAGUGGUAAAAAUGGAUUCAGAUUCUAAUAAUAAACUUGAGACACUGAAAAUGGAUGAUGUAAAGGAGCGUUUUAUAAAGGAAGUGGAGAAAUUUGAUUACAUUCGUUUAAGUUUCCCUGAUCUUAAUGGGAUUCACCUCAGCAAGCUAUUAUCUACUCAAUUUGCGAGGAAGAUUGCAAAAGGAGAGAGUGAAGUCUACUCAGGAGCAAUAACAGGCGGACCUCGAGGUGAAGUAUUCGACGUGACAGAGAUAAUAAAGAGGAAACAUGUAAACAGUAAACUUAAACCUGAUUUUUCAACUUUACAUCCAUGUCACUGGAUUUCAAAUGGUAAAGCUCAACAUUCUCAUAAUAAUAACACUGAUAGUGAUGAUAAUCGUAGAAAUAGAAAAUAUUCCAUUUGUGCUGUUUUGUGUGAUUUGGCCUGGCCAAAUGAUGAACCAAUGAAAGCUCAUCCAAGAGUUGCAGUAAAAAAACUUAUUGAUGAACUCCAAACUAAAUACAAUUUACGUUUAUUUUCUGCUUUCGAACCUGAAUUCAGAGCUUUUGAAAAAGGCACAUUUGAAACAACAUGCCUAAAGCCAACAAAAACACGUGAAGCUAAUUUAUGUUCAUUCAAACUUCCUGUACCGUAUACUAAGUUUUGUGAUAUAUACAGGACAAGCCUACUAUCAGUCUAUGAAGACUUUUUCAUCGAUAUUGAUCACAACAUGAAAUAUGCUAACAUUGACAUUCAAGAUUAUAGUAAUGAGGACGGAGAAGGACAGUUAGAAUCUCCACUAGUACCGUCUUGGGGACUAUCCGCCGCAGACAAUUAUUUUAUAUUGAAGCAAGCUAUUAAAGAAAUAGGUAAAAAACACGAUAUGGAGAUUUCAUUUAUGACUAAGCCCUUGCUAAAUGCUAGUUCCAGUGGAUGUCAUUACAAUCAUUCGCUGUGGUAUGCCGAUACUGGUCGGAAUGCAUUUUAUGAUAAUACAGGUAAACUUUGUUGUUACAAUAAAAAUAUAUUAGUUCACAGUGGUUCAAACAUGUAUAUUAGCUCCUAUCUGUUUUUUGGCAAAAUAUAUUUAUUUAUAUAAUGUAGACAUGGUAAUAACCUGAUAAGAUCUUGACACGAUUCAAACUUCUUGAGUUCCUGAAUACUAAUUUCCAUUAAUCUAUUUAUAUAUGAGAAUCUAGCCAUUUCAGUUAAACUGCAUUUUUAUAUUUCGCUUGACCAUUCAAUUUAUAUAUGUUCGGGAGGGUAUAAAAACAUCUCAUUUUCUUACAGAUUUAAUCUUCAGAAAAGUAUAAGUGUAAGUAGGAGUAUUUCACUGCUUUAUCCUUUUGAUUUAUGUCACUGAUUCUGUUUUACUAAAUUCAAGUGUAUUUGAAGAGAAUGGUAAGAAUACAAACACCUUGAAAGUUGGAUAAUUCAUUUCCAUACUGGAAAUAAAAUUAAAAUGAAGAGAACACAACAAUUUUCCAUAAUGAAGGCAAUGGUGUAAGCUAUCAUAAACUCUUUGAGGGAAGAGAAUAAAUCAUACUAUAUUGAAUUUUUCCCCACUCCUUAUUUCAGAUCCUGAUGGUUUAUCUGUGACUGCUCGGCACUGGAUUGGAGGUCUUAUAGAACACCUGCCGGCGAUGCUAGCUAUUUGUUCACCAACCACUAACUGCUACAGAAGACUAAAUAAGUUUUUCGCACCGGGUGCUGUAAACUGGGACUUCCAUGACAGAUUUGUGGCAGUUCGCGUUAAAAACUUUGAUGAAAAGAACACUUAUAUUGAAAACCGUAUUCCAUCAUCUGCUUCUUGUCCCUAUCAUGUUCUUGCCGCUACAUUAGCGGCUGGGUUGGAUGGUUUAGACCGUCAGCUUGAACCACCACCUCCUGGCCAGAAACCAUCAGAAAGUAAAAUUGGGAACCAAGUGAAAAUGCUCCCAAGUAGCCUUCAGGAAGCCCUACAAAGUUUGAAGGAAGAUGAGAUAUUUACAAAGAAGCUGGGCAAAGACUUUUUUGAAUGGUAUACUCUCGUGAAAGAACUCGGUGAUUUGGGUGCGUUGGGUCAUUUGAAUAUAAAGGAUAAUCAAGAGGAAACUUUGGCAUUCGAAAGAUAUGAAUAUCUUAAGUUUACGUAAUAAGGAAUAUCUUUAUGUAAAAAAUUACUAUUAUGAACAAUCAAAUCUGUGAAAUUAAUUAAACUAAUAAACAUUCAAGUGAUAUCAUAAGAUUCGUAAUUGUGUUUGAUAAUUAAGUGAAACUUUUGUACACACUAAAUAGCGUAUGAUGUCUAUUUCAUUUAAGAUAAUUAAAAGUAACUUGUUAACUUCUCAUCCUUUUUGCCCAAUAAUGCUGUUUCUAAUGCUGUUAUCUAGCAAUACUAUUUUUUCAAAAAAAAAGUGUUUUAUAAAUUACAGUUGACUUUACAGUCUUAUCAUUGUCUUUUCGAAGCAACAAUUCUAUUUGUGAUAUUUUUUCUACUCUGUUUGAAAUAAAUUCUGUUGACUGUUCCU